ACAACCCAUCUUACUCUUACCAGUUUACCAACCCCACCAACGACUGUCCUUGACUAGCCACUCCCACCUCCGUCUACUCAUUUAACACCAAACCUUAUCGCUUCGACAGCAGCAGCGCAGAAAGGUGUGUCAAUGGAGUCUGGCAAUGUUACGCUUGCUUCUUCUGCCGAUCAUCUGCAAAUUGGAAGUGGUGGAAUUAGGAAGAAUUCGACCUUGAUUUGUGUUCCAAUAAUGGCGGAUUCAGUUGGUGAGAUGGUGAUUGAUAUGGGGAAAGCUAAAGCUAGUGGUGGUGAUCUGGUGGAGAUUAGAUUAGAUAGUUUGAAGAGCUUCAAUCCUUACGAGGAUCUGCAAACUGUAAUCAAAGAGAGUCCAUUGCCGACUCUGUUCACCUACAGACCAAAAUGGGAAGGUGGCCAGUAUGAUGGUGAUGAAAAUGAGAGAUUGGAUGCACUGCGGUUAGCCAUGGAGUUGGGAGCUGAUUACGUUGACGUAGAGCUUCAGGUUGCUCGUACAUUCAGUGACUCCAUACGAGGGAAGAAACCUGAAAAAUUCAAACUUAUUGUUUCUUCUCACAAUUAUCAAAAUACUCCAUCUGUUGAGGAUCUUGGUAACCUUGUGGCAAGAAUACAAGCAGCUGGAGCUGAUAUAGUGAAGAUUGCAACAACUGCAGUGGACAUUUGUGACGUGGCUCGCAUUUUUCAAAUAACAGUCCAUUCCCAAGUACGCUGCGUUCCAAUAAUUGGAUUAGUUAUGGGCGAGAGAGGUUUAAUUUCCCGGAUACUUUGUGCCAAAUUUGGUGGUUACCUCACUUUUGGUACCCUUGAGUCAGGAAUAGUUUCAGCUCCUGGUCAACCAACAAUCAAGGAUUUGUUGAAUCUAUACAACCUCAGAGAGAUAGGACCAGAUACAAAAGUAUUUGGAAUCAUUGGAAAACCUGUCGGCCACAGCAAAUCACCUUUAUUAUACAAUGAAGCGUUUAAGUCAGUUGGUUUCAAUGGGGUUUUUGUGCAUUUGCUAGUGGAUGACCUUGAACAUUUUCUUCGCACUUACUCAUCCACAGACUUUGCUGGAUUCAGCUGUACAAUUCCUCACAAGGAGGCUGCUGUGAAGUGCUGUGAUGAAGUGGACCCAGUUGCCAAGUCAAUAGGAGCUAUUAAUUGCAUAGUGAGGAGAGAAAGUGAUGGAAAGCUGUUUGGUUACAAUACAGACUAUGUUGGCGCUAUUUCUGCCAUUGAGGAUGGUUUACGAGGUUCGCAUAACAUCAGUGGUGCAGCUGGUUCACCCCUAUCCGGUAAAGUGUUUGUGGUCAUUGGUGCUGGAGGUGCUGGGAAGGCACUAGCUUAUGGUGCAAAAGAAAAGGGGGCAAAGGUUGUGAUCGCCAAUCGUACUUAUGAGCGAGCCAGAGAACUGGCAGACACAGUUGGUGGAGAUGCCAUAUCGCUUGCUGAUUUAGAUAACUUCCAUCCAGAAGAUGGUAUGAUUCUUGCAAACACAACAUCUAUUGGAAUGCAGCCAAAAGUAGACGACACGCCUGUAGCCAAGCAUGCUCUGAGGUAUUACGCACUCGUUUUUGAUGCGGUUUACACCCCCAAAGUAACUAGACUCUUGAGGGAAGCAAAAGAAUCUGGGGCUGUGACUGUAUCAGGUGUGGAGAUGUUCAUUGGACAGGCAUAUGGGCAGUAUGAGAGAUUCACUGGAUUGCCUGCGCCUAGGGAAGUAUUUAUGAAAACUAUGGCAAAGUACUAAUAACAAUUGGACAGUCUUGUAGCGGACAUUACGCUUCAUUGUGGCUCAAUAUCGAGCUGUUUUCUUCAACCCCAUAAUUUGGGGACCUUUUUUUUUUCCCUUUUCUUUGGUAUCCUUAUUUGGUGAGGGGUGUUGGAGAUGUAAUCUAUUCUUUUGUAUUAUUCAGUGAAAAAAAUAUGAAACUUGUUGGGUUGUUCAAGUACUGCAUCUUUUACCAUUUCACGGCAUGUGAAGAACAUAUUAUUGCUUUUCUGCUCCAUGGAAUGCCCAAUUAGACUGGCUUCAGCUUUUGCUUUGUGAGUAUAUGAAGAGUGAAUUGUAGCCCCUUCA